AUGGUUGCAUCUAACACGGUCGAGAGUUCUGACAAGAAACCACCGGUGCUAUCAUUGCAGGACCUAACCAUUAUCGAGGCAUUCGACCAGGGCGCCACCGAGGCGAAAUACGUCACAUUCUACCAAGUUACUCGGGAAGACGAGCUGUACUUUGGCCAGCUUUUCAAGAAGAAAAAGGAAAUUACUGUGGCAGAGUACAAUGCCGCGCUGAAGCAUGUCCCCGACAGCGAGAUUUACCCCGCGGUUCCCCAGAAUACGCCGCUGACGAUUGCGCCCGACGACUUGGACGACGUCUCUGCCUUUAUCAAGCGCCCCGGUCUCAACUGCUACGAGGAAAUGAAGGGCUCUGAUUUUAUUCCCAAAGGCGUCUUAGAAGAGACUCUCAUCAUGGAGCAAAUCUCCAAGACGCCUCACCCCUACAUCAUCGGGUACCUGGGCUGUCGCGUGCGUCGUGGCCGCAUCACGGCCUUGGCCCUGGAGCGUCUGGACAAGACGCUCCAGCAGCACGUCCACGAACCUAGCUUUGCAAAGCUUGAUGGGGAGAAAUUUGCCGAGGCGCUGGAAUCGGCGGUGGCGCAUCUACAUUCGUUGGGAUUAGCGCAUAAUGAUAUAAAUCCGGGAAACAUCAUGGUCAAGGGGGGGAUGCCGGUGUUGAUUGACUUUGGGUCGUGUCAGCCGUUUGGGGGGAGGUUGCAGUCGUUGGGGUCGCCGGGGUGGUGUGAGAAGGUUUUUUUCACGUCGCAGGCCAAGCACGACAUGUACGCGCUCAGGAAGUUGCGGGAGUGGUUGGAGAAGCCGGAGUGA